CUAGAAGACUAUUUAAUCCUUCCCCGACGCGGUAUAGCCAUAGUGUCGAGUAUUCCAUACAUCCACCUUUCAAUCAAGUGAUCAAUCCAGACAGUAUGGACUCAAUAACCUUCCAUCACAGCCCAGGUGUGUCGAUACAUGCCUGUAUCUCUCACCCAGCUAUCGUUCAGCACAAACCCCUCCUAGUCUUCCUCCACUACUGGGGCGGCUCCUCGUCGACGUGGUACAAACUCACAUCGCCAGACUCCCCUACCUCACUCAGCGCAUCAUAUCCAACUCUCGCAAUCGACCAUCGAGGAUGGGGCAAGUCAACCGGACCAUCCCAGGAUGGUAACACCGCCUACUCGAUCUCCUCCAUGGCAAAAGACGUUGCUUUGGUCCUGCAACAGCUCGCAGCAGACCAAGACAGGAAAGACGCCCUAAAGCAUGGAUUCAUCCUGAUCGGCCACUCAAUGGGAGCCAAGGUCGCGAUGGCAACUCUAACCACGCUGCCACGCGACCUACUCAACUGCCUCAAAGGGCUAGUCCUAGUCGCUCCGGCGCCCGCGACGCCUCUACUCCUGCCACCGGAAAUGCGAGAACAACAGAAAGCGGCGUACCAAAACGCCGAGUCUGUCCGCUGGUCGCUCAACCAUAUCCUUGCGAACCCGGAGAAUCUUGACGAAAAGGAUAUCGAGAUGGUGGUUCGUGACAGCUUGCGAGGGAACGAGUUGGCCAAGAGCGCGUGGCCGACGUAUGGUAUGGCGGAGGAUGUAUCCGAUGCGCUUCAGCGCGCUCUGGAAUCGAUGGAUAGGGAGAAGCUACGGGUGAAUAUUCUGGUCGGAGAGUCCGAUGUUGUGGAGCCAAAGGACCGGGUGGAUAAGGAGGUUCGUCGGUUUUUGGAGCGCAGUGGGAUCCAGGUAUCGAUGACGAGCGUCCCCGGUGUGAAGCAUUUGCUGCCGCUUGAAUGUCCGGAGGCGCUUUUACAGGAGAUUUCCAAGUUCUCAUAGCGUAAGAUGGUAGUAUAGUGGC